GCAGAGCUGAGGUUAGAUCCUAUGGAGCAUUUUAGCUUAUAAACAGCCGCAGAAUAGGUCCGUGGAUAUUCACCCGAGUGAAAGAAUAAGAAAAUCCUUCCUAUCGAACAGCGUGACUGCGGCUACGUCAACUGCAUUGGCUCAGAAAUGACAUGCAGGAGUCCAAACAGGUACCAGGAGAGGUCUGACUGGACCGACAGCGGCUGAGGCUCACUGGUCUGCAGACUAUCCCGGUCUAAAAUGGACUGCAGCUUAGGCAUUAUCUGCAGACAUUGUCCGCUCCCAGUCUAGAUUAGUUACUGGUUUAUUUGUUGCGCCUUUGAUCAUGUUCAACAUGUUGCCUGGCAGCGAGGCUGCAGCAGGUCACAGGUUCACUGCUCCCAUAUUUUAGGAUGAUGUCUCCUGGCCAUACCUGCUCCGUCUCAUCCCUCCAUGCUUUCCCCCACCUCCGGUGAUCAAACACGUCUCCAGCUGUCUGAGACAUCCAAGGUCCUCGCCUCCAUCCCUCUUGUCUGGCUGACUGACUGACUUCCCAGAGGUGAUGCGGCGGUUUGUUUACUGCAAGGUGGUGUUGACCACCUCCUUAGUGUGGGUGCUGGUUGACGUGUUCUUGCUGCUGUACUUCAGCGAAUGCAACAAAUGUGAUGAGAGGAAAGAUCGCUCUCUACUCCCUGCCCUCCGAGCAGUGAUAUCUCGGAGCAACGAGGGUCCAGGCGAGAUGGGAAAAGCAGUAAACAUCCCAAAAGACGACCAGGAGAAGAUGAAGGAGCUUUUUAAGAUCAACCAGUUCAACCUGAUGGCCAGCGACAUGAUUGCCCUCAACAGGAGUCUACCAGAUGUCAGAUUGGAUGGCUGUAAGACCAAGAUGUACCCAGAUGACUUGCCCAACACCAGCAUUGUCAUCGUGUUUCAUAACGAGGCAUGGAGCACCCUGCUGCGGACCGUUCACAGUGUCAUCAAUCGCUCCCCGAGGCACCUACUAGUGGAGAUCGUCCUGGUGGAUGAUGCCAGUGAGCGAGACUUUUUAAAGGCGAAGCUGGAGACUUACGUUCAGACCCUAGAGGUGCCGGUGAAGAUUGUGAGGAUGGAGCAGCGCUCGGGUCUGAUCAGAGCCAGGCUGAGGGGGGCAGCCGUCACCACAGGCCAAGUCAUCACCUUCCUGGAUGCUCACUGCGAGUGUACAGUGGGCUGGCUGGAGCCCCUGCUGGCUCGUAUCAGAGAGGACAGAAAAGCAGUGGUGUGCCCCAUCAUAGACGUCAUCAGCGAUGAGACAUUUGAGUACAUGGCGGGUUCGGAUAUGACUUAUGGUGGGUUCAACUGGAAGCUGAACUUUCGGUGGUACCCAGUUCCCCAGCGGGAGAUGGAUCGACGUAAAGGAGACCGAACUCUUCCAGUCAGGACUCCCACAAUGGCAGGAGGGUUAUUCUCCAUAGACAAAACCUAUUUUGAAGAAAUUGGAAGCUAUGAUCCAGGGAUGGAUAUAUGGGGUGGAGAGAACCUGGAAAUGUCUUUCAGAAUCUGGCAGUGUGGCGGUUCCUUGGAAAUUGUAACAUGCUCACAUGUUGGGCACGUUUUCCGCAAGGCCACGCCAUACAGCUUUCCUGGAGGUACUGGCCAAGUUAUCAACAAGAACAACCGACGGCUGGCUGAAGUCUGGAUGGACGAAUUCAAAGACUUCUUUUACAUCAUCUCACCAGGUGUGAUGCGGGUGGACUAUGGAGACGUCUCCUCCCGCAAAGCUCUUAGAGAGGCCUUGAGGUGCAAACCAUUUUCCUGGUAUCUAGAGAACAUCUAUCCAGACUCCCAGAUCCCAAGAAGAUACUACUCACUUGGUGAAAUCAGAAAUGUGGAGACAAACCAGUGUGUGGACAACAUGGGACGGAAGGAGAAUGAGAAAGUUGGCUUUUUCAACUGUCAUGGCAUGGGUGGCAACCAGGUCUUUUCAUAUACAGCGGAUAAAGAAAUCCGGACGGAUGACCUUUGUUUGGAUGUCUCCAGGCUUAACGGACCCGUCAAAAUGCUCAAGUGUCACCACAUGAAGGGAAACCAGAUGUUUGAGUACGACACCGAGCACCUCACACUGCUCCACGUUAAUAGCAACCAGUGUUUGGACAUGCCAUCUGAGGAGGACAAGAUGGCCCCCACCCUGAGAGACUGCAGCGGUAGCCGCUCCCAGCAGUGGCUGCUUCGUAACAUGACUCUGAGCAUCUGAUCCCUCAUCAUCAGUCCCACCUCUUCCUGCUUCUAACCUGUCCUCCAUCCAGACCCUCACCAGGUGGAUCUUCAAUCUAUGCUUCCUCCUGCAGCUGCCUGGCCACCAGUCAUAAAGAAGCUGGAGCGCAGCUGAGGCUUAACUUUCUCUAUGGAGUCAUAUCCUGUUACAGCUGGCCUAAGGUUUAAGCAAAGCCCCACCUGCCUUUCUGACCUCACAAUAAGAUGCAGCUUUAGGUGGUGUACAGGCUGGGAGAAUAUUGCAUGGGGCCUGAGCAUACGGAACAUGGAAGCAUUUGCUUGUAGCUGCCGCUGUGCUGAAAGUUAAACAAGUAAACAGAAGAGCUGGUUAAAUAUUGAACUAUCCAAACAUAGUCUGUGGUGUUAUUGAGUGCAUCUAAUGGUGGUAAAAUCUUAGCACAGCUGAUUUGCUGUUCAUCUUUUGUAUCAUCACUUUCUCCUUUGCCCAGAUUAAAAAAUAAAAAAAGGUCCAGCCUUAGUUUGAUAGGAUGGAUUCAGUAAGAAAAUAUGGUGACAAAACACAGGGUACUAUUUUUAUUUAUUCAGGUUUCCUUUGGUAUUAAAAUAAAAAUUGAGUUUUUGGUUAGAUUCAUUUCCUUUUCCAAAAACAGAAAGACAAACUUAUACAUUUUCCUUUUCCCCCUGGAUGCAUACCUCCCCCCAUUUGUCAGGUCUCGUCUGUAAACAUGGUUUUUCAUUUUAUAAAGCAUACAGAGAUAACAGCCCAUGAUCAGAUGGUGACCCAUGAAAUUGUUGCUAUGAAACACACAAUAUAGAGAAGGCAAUUCAAUAAAAAACUGAAAGAUAAGAGUUGUACCUCUUGUUAAAUCAGUCAAUACAUUUGAUUAACCUCAUUAUUUGGUUCAGCUUUGCUAAAACACUCAGGCCUGGUAUCAGUGAGGCUUAUAAGAAUCACUUAAAAGGAAUUAUGUACAGUAUGCAUAUGUGGAGAGAAGAAAAUUGUGAACCUUUCCAGGAGUGGCUAACAAUAUUACUCUAAAAGUGCCUCAGUUGGUUGUAAGGUACACAAAACAUAUGAAGCCCAGGAGAGUGCAUUUUAGUCAUGACAACCAUGGACAUGUUUUAAAGUAAAACAA